AUGAAUACAAUUUUGGAAAAAGAUACCAUUGAAAUUCAGUACGAUGAAGAAUGUAUGCGGACUCCGAGUCCUAGCAGUUUUGCGAGAAAAGAAUCAGAGUUAUUUAAGACAGAUGAAUAUACACAUUUGAAGAAAGAAACCGUAAGCCGUAGUAAAAGAGGACGCGAAGAAGAUGAAGACUGGAAAUUAGUAGGCAAAGAAAAAAAAAAUAAAAUUCAGGAUAGUCUACAAGUAUACAUUACGGGUAAAGAGAAGUUGCCCAAACAAUUUGCAAUGGCAAAACUAUUCAAAAAUUUGGGUUUGGAGGAUAUUAAUAGAAUAAAAUACCUUAACCCCUAUUAA